AUGCGCCGUUUGUCAGUUACUGCACCUGUUCUCUUUCUGUGUUUUAAAUCGUACUGCACAAACCAUGGCGAGGGGAAACUGAUCCAAACAGUAUGUGACUAUAUCUACCGCAGCAGCAGCGCCCGGGAGCAACUGCGGCAGCUCAUUCAUGAUAUGUCAGUGGAGAACGCUUUGCGGCAUCUCGGUGAAUUCUCAGAGGAGGGCUGUUCAGGUGCCACACCACCAUGGUUGGGUGAACUUGUUCAGGCCCCCGGUGAUCUUGAACGGAUUAACAUUGUUCUCAGGGAGUUUGGGGUUUGGUACAUCGCGCGGAAGGCGCCACUGAGGGUGACGAUGGGUGAACCGUGGGACUGGUACCCGAAGGCACGCUUCAUGCGCCGGCGUUUCAUCUUUCAUCAUGGGCCAACAAAUAGUGGGAAGACUCACGCGGCGUUGGAGGAAUUGGUAAAGGCGAAGAGCGGUGUUUAUUGUGCGCCGAUCAAAGCACUGGCGGCGCAAGUGUGGAAGCGUAUUAACGCGAGCGUGCCUUGCGACUUGCUUAUCGGGGACGAGCGGCAAUUUGGUGGUGGAGCGGAGCACGUCUCAUGCACGGUGGAAAUGACUCCUAUUGACUAUCAAAUUGACGUUGGGGUAAUUGACGAGGUGCAGAUGAUUGGUGAUGGGGACAGGGGUUGGGCAUGGACGCGUGCCAUAUUGGGGUUGCCGGCACGUGAGAUUCACCUCUGCGGAGAAGAACGGGCAAUACCUCUUAUCCGCAGUUUGUUGUAUAAAACGCGUGAGCUCAAGGGACUUCGUUUAGUGCCACAUCAGCGGCUGGCUCCCCUCAGGACAUCAGCCGCGUUAGGGGGAGAUCUGCGGCAAGUCGAAAACGGUGAUUGCCUUGUGUGCUUCUCGCGCAAGAUGAUUUUUGCUAUGAAAUCACAGCUGGAAAAGCUGCCUGGCGUUGCGGCUCACUAUAUAUAUGGCUCUAUGCCCUUUGCCGUGCGUGAGGCCCAGGCUGACGCAUUCAACCGUGGGGUCCGGGAAGCGGUAGAGGGCAAGGACUCGAAAAAACAUGUUUUAGUGUCCACGGAUGCUAUUGCCUAUGGCUUGAACAUGAGCAUUGAGCGCAUUAUUUUCGUAUCAAUGAAAAAAUUCGACGGAAAACAGAUGACAAGCUUACCGCAGGCAACCACGGUGCAGGUAGCCGGUCGCGCCGGCCGGUUUGGAGUACUCAGGGCCAACACUUUCGGCCGCUGUACCACACUUCACGCGGAUGACUUUCCGACACUUGAAAGCGCUAUUAACGCUCGACUUUCCCCUCUGCAGAGGGCUGGAUUACUGCCCACAGCCGACAUAUUGGAGCUGUAUGUCACAAUGAAUUCCGACAAGAAGAGAUUGAAGACCUCAGGUGUGGUGCCGCAAGAUGUAUUCUACGGUCAUGUAAAGGACUUCUCCAGUCAGUGUAAGACCUCCGAUUUGUUUUUUCCGUGUGACCUGUCGCGGUCGCUGCUGCAGGUUGCAAGGGAGUUGGAUGCCGUGCCAGGUCUGUCUCUUACCGAUAGGAUCCUUUUCUGCUACGUACCGGUGAAUACACGCAACAAGGACACAUUCGACCUGCUGCGUUGUUUUGCGCGUGAUCAUGCUACCGGGGGGCCCGUUCGCCUCCGUAUUGAUGAGGAGUUUGAACAACUCGUGGGGCAAUGUGCGCACUUAAAAACUCAUAAGGACAGUGAACGAGCACAUCGUAUAUUGUCGCGGAUGGAAGACUUAUACCGUCAUGCAGAAAUGUAUUGCUGGCUUUCGUGGCGGUUCGGUAAUACAUUCAUCUACCUAGAGGCAGGAUCGGCACUGAAGGAACGAAUCGUGGCGAAGAUGGAUGAGCUGUUGCGGAGGUUGUGA